CCAAAAGAUGUUCGCAGGACAGGCGGGAGUGCGCAGUGGCACGAACGCGCACUCACCCACAGAGAACGAUUGCGAUUGGAAGCGAGACGGACAGAUCGUGUGUUUUGUCUUGCUGCCGCGCAGUAUCUUUAAACGCAAGUGCUGAGGACUUCAACUACAGACAGCGGGCAAACUUUAUUACAAACACUUUCCAACUAACGGGAAUGGCCGCUCCCAGAUUUUCCUGAACACUAGAGGGUAAUGGGCACAUACCAGAUGUGGAUCCGAUCAGAGUCCGUCUUCUGAAUCUGACACAUAAAAACACUGAGUCAUGACUGAAAAAUGUUGCGAUUUGUCCGUCGCUCCGGGGCAGGUGUACAUCGAGGUGGAGUAUGAUUACGAGUACAAGGCCAAAGACAGACUCAUCUCCAUUCGACAGGGGGAAUGCUACAUGUUGGUUUGCAAAACCAACGAGGACUGGUGGCAGGUGCGUAGAGAAGAGGGCAUGAAGGCUUUUUACGUGCCAGCUCAGUAUGUUCGCGAAGUCAGGCGAGCCCUCAUGCCGCCGCCCAAACCUCGCACUAAACCCCCCAGCGUCCUGGAGAUCGGACAGUGGCGGACGUCGAGCGAAAACCUCAACCAACGCGCACCCACGGAAAGGGCCAGUUUUGGGCAUCCGCCUCCUUUGACAACGCCUUCCCCAUUGCCAGGGCAACAGUCCCCGCCUUUGAUGUUGCGGGACACCAAUCAGAACUCAGGAAUGAAGAGCGUUGUUGCUGAGCUAACUUUGCUUAACAACAACAACCAUCAUAACUAUCACCACGGCAACCACACGUUGCGGCAAGGGGGAGCAGAGUCCCCACCGAGAGAGCAAGGAAAACUCUCAGGCGGGUCGUCGGUGGACACGGAUGGGAGCGUGUCACCAGGAGAUGGGCUGGAGAAGAUGAGAAAUGACUCAGAAUCUGGAGAUGAGCUCAGCAGCAGCUCUACCGAACACAUGCAGGUCAUAUCUCCCACCGGACAGGGCCGAUCAGAGUCCCCCGUCUACACCAACCUCCAGGAGCUAAAGAUCUCUCAGUCGUCUCUUCCACCUUUACCAUCUUCCUCCCCGCUGCAUAUUCUGGGUGACUGGGAGACACAUAAAGACUCAAGUGGAAGAAACUUUUAUUAUAACCGCAUGACUCAGGAGAGGACCUGGAAACCACCCCGCUCACGAGACAACGGAGUCAGCCGCGGGGACACAUCCAACACCGGGGACAUGGAGCAUUUAUCAUCUGAGGAGAACUGCCCCAGCACUCACUCCAGUCAGGCAGACAGUCAGUACGGAUCGCCCCCUAGAGGCUGGUCUGAGGAACUCGAUGAACAUGGUCACACACUCUACGUCUCUGAAUACACCAAUGAGAAGUGGAUUAAACAUGUGGAUGAGCAGGGCAGACCGUACUACUACAGCGCUGAUGGAUCCCGAUCUGAAUGGGAGUUACCAAAAUAUAAUCUCUCUCCCCCAAACUCUGGAGAUGCUCCUAAAAGUCACAGUUUGGAGAGGAAACAACAGGAACCCAUUUUACUGACUAAGUGGAGACACAGCACCUAUGCGCUAGACCUCGGCGACAAGGAGUCUGUAAAUGCUAAACACAGCUCUCCCGAAUCAGACUCUUGUCCCUCCUCACCAAAACACCCCUCAACUCCCUCAGAAAAGUGUGGGGUUCUCAAUGUCACCAAAAUCACUGAACAUGGAAAGAAAGUCAGAAAGAAUUGGGCAUCCACCUGGACCGUCCUGCAGGGAUCCUCUUUGCUCUUUGCGAAGGGUCAGGGCAGUGGCACCAGCUGGUCGUACUGCCACAACGGUUCCUUCCCUGAACUCCUCCUUUCGUUGCUAAGUAACUGGAAGCGUUCGAUUAAGCCCCGGCCUGCAGUGUCCUAUACGCACUGUAGGCGUGGCCGGGCUUCCUCUUUUGGAGGGAGCCAGUCCAAACCAGAAUUCACGGUAGACCUCAGAGGCGGUUCAAUCGAGUGGGCAUCCAAAGAGAAGUCCAGCAAGAAACACGUUAUUGAGCUGAAGACAAGAGUGGGCACAGAGCUGCUGAUCCAGUCAGAGAUAGACAGUGUCAUUAAUGACUGGUACAGAGCCCUGUCUGAGACCAUCAACACACAUGCAUGGGAGUCUGAUGAGGCCAUUGAAGAAGACAUGCCUGAGUCUCCAGGAACUGAGAAACACGACAAAGAGAAAGAUCAUAAAGACGUCAAGAAAAACAGAGCAAUGAAAAGCUCUUCCAGUAUGGAGUCAUCCGAACAGAAGAAGACCAGACUUAAGCUGAAGAAAUUUCUCACACGGAGACCCACAUUACAGGCUGUCAGAGACAAAGGCUACAUCAAAGAUCAGGUGUUUGGCUGCAGUUUGACAGCUCUAUGUCAGAGAGAGGGCACAUCUGUACCUAACUUUGUCAAGAUGUGCAUUGAGCAUGUGGAGAAUACAGGCUUGAAUGUUGAUGGCUUGUACAGAGUCAGUGGAAAUCUGGCAGUCAUUCAGAAACUGCGCUUUGCGGUCAAUCAUGAUGAAAAAAUAAACCUGGAAGACAAUAAGUGGGAGGACAUCCAUGUGACCACCGGUGCUCUGAAGAUGUUUUUCCGGGAGCUUCCAGAGCCUCUCUUUACCUACACAUCCUUCAACGAUUUUGUGGAGGCCAUCAAAAACUCCGAUUACAAGCAGCGAGUCCAGUCCAUAAAAGACUUAAUCAAGCAGCUGCCAAAACCAAACCAGGAAACAAUGAAAGUUUUAUUCCAGCACCUGAAAAGGGUAAUAGGUCACGGCGAGGUGAACCGAAUGACGACACAGAGCGUGGCUAUCGUGUUCGGCCCGACCCUGCUACGGCCGGAGAUCGAGACGGGCAACAUGGCGGUUUACAUGGUUUAUCAAAACCAGAUUGUAGAACUCAUCCUUCUGGAGUAUGAGAACAUAUUUGGCAGGUAGAACAUCUCCAGCCACGUGAGAGUGACUCCGGUAAACACGAUGCUAAAUCAUCUCAUCCAUUGCACAACAAAGAGAACGAAACGCAGAAUGCGCCACUGCCUUGGACCAAGCUUAAAUAUACACGCAAAUGUGAGUGGAUUUACUGAGACUCACGACUGGAUAUAAACAAAGACGAAUAAAUACAGGAAAGUUCUUUAUGCACUUAAUAUUUGACGAUAUACAACUUGCUUUCCAUCUCUUUCGUUUGGAGCGUCAUUCCUUGGCUUAGAAUAAGCUUUUGGACAAUUACGGAUGGUCAUUAGUCUCCAUGAUGCACUGUUUUUGGAAGAUGGGAAGAUUUUAUAAAUUGGACACUGGAACGGACUGCAUCUUAGCCAGUAUUGAUGACUAGAGAAACAACUGUGGACUGAGCGGACAUUUUGUGUGGCCCGAUGAAGUCUUCGCAGUGAAAUGUAGAUAAUCUGAGGUUUCUUGAACUCAAGUAUCUUGUAUCCAGGCUGUGGACUUGGAUAUUUUUUUUCCUGUGGAAUAAGCUAAAAGUGCACUGUAUUAAGAAGGCAGUAUUAUUAGACAAUGACUACUUGACCUAUGGACUACAGGUAAUAAUCAGUAUUAGUUCAGGAAUCCUCAGUUUCAAAUGGGAAAGACUCUAAACCCUACAUGCUAUUGGAUAACUGACAUGCUCAUCUCACUUCGUCCACCAUGUCAACCAAUAAGAAUCUCUGAGCUUGAACUCCCUCUUAAUGAAAUAUCAGGUUUUGUGGUGUUGUGUUUGUGAGGCCUGUGAAGGUCCCCGUGUUGUUUUCUUGGAUUGAUGGACUGUGUUGUGUUGAAUUGUGUAACAAAGAUCCAGGUUGUUUUCCACACCCGUGUUAUGAGUAGUGAAAGAAGCCUCUCAGAAAAACAGCCAAAGGCUACAAUGCUAUCUCGCCAACUCCCCCUCAUACAGUAUCUCUUGAGGCUUCCUGGAAAACGAAAGGUGAGAUGCUUAGAUUGGCAUUCGAUACGCGGUAUUCAUCUCCUCUUUCCCAAAGAAGCUGACAAGAAAAUGGCCGAAUGGUACUGGGAAUCGUACUGCGGCGGGGAAACAGCUUUUUAAUAGAACUCCGCAUAUGUACAGAUUACUGAAAAAAGCUUGAACCUUGUACAAAAAAAUGAAUAAUUGAAGUGUAAUGGUUUGAAGUUUGUGUGUCAAUAACAAGUGAUAAUAUCUAAUUUAGUUGAUGUACGGAUGAAGAAUAUGAAUAUUAAUGGGGGGGGGUCAUGCCUUGUGAACUGCACAUUUUGAAUGUAAUUUUCAGACUAACUGCUGUUUCUGAAAUUGACGUCUAAUUCUGAUUAAAAAGGAAAAACUCAUGGAUAAUAUUAAAGCGAUGAUGACUGAGUUAUUGUUGCAGUUUAUCUUC